AUGCUAAACCACCAAUUGUGUAUUAUUGGUUUCAGCGUCCGAACAAAUCCCUUCUACUGGCAAUUUGUGCAGCUUGCAUUGGCGGGACCUUUCAAUAUGGUUAUAAUAUUUCCAUCAUCAAUGCCCCCACCAAGGUAAGACAUUAUUGUCAAUAUUUGUCUAUGUAAAGGGGGAAUCUGGAGUUGCUACAUCCAUUUUGGGACUUAUAAAUUAAUGAUAUGUACCUACUGAUUCAUUAAGAAUGUAACUUAUAAAUGCCUUAUGAGCUUAGUUCAACUGCUGUACCCCAUCAGAACCCAAAAUAUAAGCUUGUUUUAUUCCAAUGUUUGUAAACAAUGUAAAUGUAAACAACCACUGUAUGGCCAAAAAACAUGGUUAAAACUAUAAUUUUUAUAUGAUGGAUGGUCAGUCCUUGCAUCUAUAGCGCUGUCUAUGAAUUUGAGCUUGGUUACAUGUAUCCAGCCCCCUCCCUCAGCUUUUAUUGAAACAGUGGCAGGAAUUACAUUUUGUAAUUGUUUCAAAAGCAGAUUGCCCCUUUAAGUGUAAUAUACUUAGAUGAAAUACUUAGAGAAAAUGUUUAGGUGUUAAUGAAUUAAUGAGAAGAUGAUACUGACAUUGGAUAAUCAUUUUGUAUUCUGUCCUCAUGUUUUUUCCCCAGUCUGUGCAGAAUUUCAUCAACCAAACCUGGCUGGAGCGCUAUGAUGAGGACAUCUCAGAGAAAUACCUCACUCUACUGUGGUCCAGCAUCGUGUCCAUUUUCACAAUAGGAGGAUUUGUGGGAGCAACUAUAGGUGGAACAAUGGCCAUUAGAUUUGGGAGGUAUAAAGAAGUGUUUUGUUAAUAGUGGCUUGUAUCCUCAUUUGGAUCUUUGUCUCCAAUUUUACACAUAGGCUAUUACUAUUUUGGCAAUAGCCAUUUGACUGCAUGCAUUCUUUUCUCCAAACAAGGCACUUUCAAUACAUGUUUCAUUAACGGCAAACAUUCUGUGUCAAAGAAAAGGGACACUAAUGAUGAACAACGCAUUUGCCUUACUGGCUGCUCUGUUGAUGGGCCUGAGCUACCCCACUGGAUUAUUUGAACUGCUCAUCGUUGGACGAUUUUUCACAGGAGUAAAUGCGGGUAAAUAUGUCAGUGCGUUAGUCAAGUGAAGUGUUGACAUCAGCAGUUUGCAGUCUUUAUUUCUAAGCUGGAUGAGUUGAAAAAUAUAGAUGUUUUGAAGGUUCUGUCUUGUCUGUAAGUCAAUAUGCCACACUUUGUUCUAAUAAUAUGCUGAUUGGCAGGCAUUGGCAUAUGCGUUCAGCCACAGUAUCUGGGGGAAAUCGCCCCAAGGGCACUUCGUGGUGCCAUGGCAAUGGGGACUUCUGUUUUCAUCACCGGGGGCAUCCUUACUGGACAGGUGAUUGGGCUUAAGUAAGUUUAGAUCAUCCUGGACUAUUGCCUACUAAUUUGCAGAUUACUUUGAAAUGAAGACUGCGCAUCAUUUCUUGUGUGUGUUCCUAUAAUGAGUGUCUAUGAUCCUGCAGUGAGCUCCUGGGUAAAGAAGAGCACUGGCCCUUCCUGCUCUGCACCACCUGUAUCCCAGCGGUCCUGCAGCUCCUCAUACUGCCCUGGUUCCCAGAAAGCCCUCGCUACCUGCUGAUCGACAGAGGGGAUGACGUUGGAUGUAGAAACGGUAUGUUCCAAUCACGUGAAAAGAUCUACCAUGAGCUCUCUCACAUACAUAGGGACUGACUCCUUGUCUUAAAACAACAGUCAUCGUGCUGAAAACUAUUGAGACAGAAAAGUUUUUUUAGCAAAAAAGUAGGAUCUAAGUGUGCAAACCUAAAUUGUAACCUACAAUCAUUCAUCUAAAAAAAGAGAGCUGAGCUGUGUCACCCUGUACCUGAACAUUGAUUUGACACGAUGCACGUGAUGGAACGCUUGGAGGGGGUGAUGAUUCAGCCUUUAUCUGAGAUCAGGGUGGGAAACAUAAAUUGUACAAAUCUUUCCCCUUGAGAGACAUACUGGGGCAAGCACAUGACUGCAGUGCAUACUGUAACAGCAGGUUACACUGCCAGGCAAUGUCUCUCAUUAGUCACACAAUCCUUGAUCAUCAAAGAAAUAUCUCUGUGUAUCCCACUGUGUCUGUCUGGUUUGGUUUUGUUAGGCUGGCUGGGUGAAUGAGUGGAUUCCUGUUUGUUAUGAGUGUGAGGGAUAACAAAUGAAGCGUGGAGAGGAGAGAGACCAUGUGAGCUGUGUCUUGUGUUUCCUGUGGACAGCGAUGAAGCAACUCCACGGCACGGAUAACUUUGAUCGCGAGCGGGAGGACAUGGAGAGGGAGAGGAUCAGCGCCAUGGGCAUUAAACCCAAGAAGCCCUGGCAGCUGUUCAUGGACCGCAGCCUCCGCUGGCAAGUCCUCACCAUCAUCCUGCUCAACGCUGCCCAGCAGCUCAACGGCAUCAACGCUGUAUGUCAGCAACAGAACAAAUUGCCACACAUGACCCUAUGUCCCCUCAGGGCUGCAACGUUUAUCAGUAUGAACUCAAGUCAGUUGAGAUCAGAAGAAGUUGGUUUAAAUGUACAAUAUUCCAUUCACAGAACUCUCAUGUUAAGUUCAUAUAACCUGCAGGACAUUCAUAUUGUUAUAGGGUAUAUAGACUAUAGGGUAUACAUGUACCGUAUAUAGUAUGAUAUAUUUUGCUGGGUGGGCCAACAAAAUGUAACUUGGGGCCCCAAAAGCCUAGGGCUGGCUCUGACUGCAUGACGAGUUCUGAUUUUUUUGUGGCCCCCACCCCCUUCAAAGUUGCCCAUCCCUGGUAUACACUAUAGGGUAUAGUGUGAAGGACCUGUGUUUCACUUGUUUUCUAUCACUCUCUCUCUCUUGCAGAUUUAUUUUUAUGCAGAUUAUGUGUUUGAGGAGGCCGGAAUUCCAGAGGUUAACAUACCCUACGUAACUGUGGGCACAGGAGCCUGUGAAUGCCUCACUGCCCUUACCUGUGUGAGUGUCAACUAUUGGUCAUAGUACAUAUAUUUAGAAGCAUGCAUAAAGUCCAUCGUAGAGCGGAAAUGUCAUACAACCCCAUGAUUCUUUGCAUGGAUUUAUUAGUUUUUAGAAUCCUCUUUACAACAUGACUGAUCGCAAAUUUCAUCAUGCUAUGCUGGUAUGACAGUUCUGUUCUCAUUGAAUGCUAUGCUAUGAUUUAUGUUACUAUUCAUCUGGUGGAUUAACAUAUUUAAUGAAGAUACCAGUGUUGUGAUAUUAAGUAUGAUUAGAAGAUGUGUUGACUACAGAUGUCGGAUCUUAAUCCUGCAGCAACAGGAAAUGUGAAUUAUUAUGUGGAUUAUAAUUAAUGGACAUUUUUGUAGGAGUUGAUACAUUUUUCGUAAGGGAAAUCAAGUCUGAAAUUUUAAAGUCCAAAUUACAAACUUCAGAAGCCUUUUUAAACCUCAAAUACACUACAAGUUUAAAAUGUCCUGCAUUUAAAGGAAAGUUCUCUUGCAACAGGUUAAUCAAAUUAAUAUCCUACAUCUAAGUUUUUUAACUCAGAAGAUCUUAUAUUUCUCCACAUUCUUAUAUUUCUGCUGGUAUGUCAUAUGAGAUGCUGUGUCUUUCAGGGCAUGCUGAUCGAAUCUCUGGGACGAAAAGUGCUCAUCAUCGGAGGGUACACCCUAAUGGCUUUCUGGUGCAUUUGCUUCACUCUGACCCUCACCUUCCAAGUAAAGCAUCUUUGAUCUAACAAUUCCAUUUCGGUCUCUUAUUAAAUCAGAAUAAGAGACCUGUGUUGCACUUAAAUAAGUUAUGGUUGAUUAAACCAACCCUUAAAAAGGUCCAAUGCAGCUAUUUGUAUCUCAAUAUCAAAUAAUUGCUGGGUAACAAGCCCCAGUGCAGUCACAAACGGGAUUUUCUCCUGUGUUUUAUAUAUAUUUCCACACUACGAGGUUGUGACAUUUUUUACAUUAUGAUAAUGCCCUUUUGGUGUAAGAGCUGUUUGAAAAGACCGCCUGAAAUUUCAGACUGUUUUAGUGGGAUGGAGUUUUGGCCUGCCUGGUGAUUAGUUAAUAGACCAAUAAGAUAGAGAGUUCCAAACCUCUCUGCCAAUAACAUUAUCUUAACACGAGAUUUUACAUUUUUUAAUUGUAUUCAUUUAGCAGAUGCUCUUAUUCAGAGCGACUUACAGUUAGUGUAUUUUCCCAAACACACUCCCAGACAGUCCUAUCAAAAUUCUUGCUUGAGAAAUUGCUCCUUGCUAAGAAGUUUAUUUUUGACAAUUUUAAUUGAAAACAAUCACAUUAAGGUACUUAAUUGUUACCCAGAAAUUAUUUUAUAUUGAGAUAAAAACGGCUGCAUUGGACCUUUCAUGUUGCUUGGCUGGCCGCUUUGAGAACACUAGUUUUCUAUGAUCUAAUUGUUGUCUUCUUUCAUUGAACGCAGGGAGCAGGCCUAUGGAUGCCUUAUCUUAGCAUGGGAUGCGUCUUUGCUUUCAUACUCAGCUUUGGUUUGGGACCAGGUAACCGACAGAACUUACUUAUCGCUCAUUUAUGCCGGUUUUGCCAGACUUUGUGUGAUCUGGCAUCAAUAUUAUUCAUUAUCUGAUUAUAAAUUACUUUAAAAUGAACACUAUACCUUCACUUUGUCCUUUGGAGGUGGUGUGACAAACAUCUUGACCACAGAGUUAUUCACACAAACCACACGGCCUGCUGCAUACAUGAUCGGAGGGUCCGUGAACUGGCUCAGCUUCUUCUUCAUUGGCAUGGUGUUUCCAUUUAUUGUGGUAGGUUCCAAGUGUUUGCAACCGUGACACUUAACCUUUAAAAUAAGGAGUAUGGUUAGUGUUACAGUAGGUUAUACAAUACUAGAGUAGUUUGAUAUCCGUACUGUCGAUUGAUAUGGAAAUAGGAGAGAUGGCUGUUUGGAGAGAUGGUUCUAGAUUGGUUUGGUCUGCUCUUUUACCUCCACAGACUAAGCUGCAGCAGUACUGUUUCCUGGUGUUCUUGGUGAUUUCGGUCUUGGUUGCUGUAUACAUAUUCCUGGUAGUCCCUGAGACCAAGAACAAAACCUUCCUGGAGAUCCAUACGGAGUUCCAGUCCGGAGACAAGAGGAAGGCUUCAAAAGCAGAUGACGGCCCAAGGACAACAUUGUUGUCAACCCCUCUGUGAAACACAGCUCCAGUGUUUGCUGCAAGGACUUUUUUUUUUACAUUAAAUUUUUUAGUCAUUUAGCUGACGCUCUUAUCCAGAGCGACUUACAUUAUGUAUUUCU